UCGUUCAUGUCUGAUAUCGAUUGAUUGCACUUUCGCGUGAGCGCGCUUGAGUUAUCUUCUCCGUUGCUGUGAACGCGCCGCGCGUCACAUGUUUACAUAGUGAUGGAGUUUCUCAUCGGCGGUCCGUUCUCGUCUCCUGUCGGGCAGAGGAUUCAAAAAGCCACCAGUGCUGCCCUGCAGGUGGAGGACUGGAGCCUGAACCUUGAGAUCUGUGAUGUCAUCAAUGAGACUGAUGAUGGACCCAAAGAUGCAGUCAAAGCUUUAAAGAAGAGGAUUGUGGGUAACAAGAACUUCAGGGAAGUGAUGUUGGCUCUGACGGUUCUCGAGACGUGUGUGAAAAACUGCGGCCAUCGUUUCCAUGUUUAUGUUUGUGGAAAAGAGUUUGUGGAGGGGGUUUUAGUACGAGCGAUACUGCCCAAAAACAACCCUCCUAUGAUCUUACAUGACAAAGUCCUGAGCCUCAUUCAGGCGUGGGCCGAUGCCUUCAGGAACACUCCGUCUCUUUCUGGAGUUGUAAGUGUGUAUGAAGAUUUGAGGCGGAGGGGACUUGAGUUUCCCAUGACAGAUCUAGACUCUCUCUCUCCUAUUCACACACCCAACAGGAGUAAUCCAGAGAAUGAGAUGUCUGUGUCGCCGUCAUCACAACAGGCCCUCGUUUCACCAGAACAGAAACUAAGAUCUGAGCUGGAUGUGGUGAAAGGAAAUCUGACUGUCAUGACUGAGAUGUUAAAUCAACUCAAACCUGGAGAAACUACAGCAUCUGAUACAGAAUUACUACAGCAGUUGUUUUCAGUGUGCAAGCAGAUGCAGCAGAGGGUUGUGGAGUUGAUUCCUAAUCUUUCAGAGGAGGAGAUGAUCGGAGAACUUCUGGUCAUGAAUGAUGACAUGAACAACAUUUUCAUCCGCUAUGAAAGGUUUGAUAGAUUAAAUACGAUGCAGAGAGGGGAAACAGAUCAACUGGAGGCACAGCAGACCGAUACAGGAAACCUUAUUGAUCUGAAUCCUGUGUCACCAUCAUCCAAUCACAACACACUCUCAGCUGCCAAUCAAGCCAAUACAGCCGACAAUCCAUCCGCCAACAUAAACAGUUCAGUGCAUGCAGAUAAAGAGUUUGAUAUGUUUGCUCAGACGAGAAGCAGCUCUUUGGCUGAACAGAGAAAGAGUGUUCGGUAUGAAGAUCCUGGAGCUGUUGAAGGUCUUGCUGAAGCACUUGACACACGACUGCAGGUCACCGCAGGGGACACUGAGACCAGCUGGAUCCGUCAGUCUCAGUGGAUUUACUGUGAGAGUCUGAUUCCAGCUCCACACAGCUCUGUUAUGGAUGAUAUUGAAAACUGGCUGACCACAGAAUCGCCGGACAUUGAUGAUGCUGAGGGUGUGACCAGCGAGGAUUUUGAUAAGUUUUUAGCCGACCGAGCAAAAGCUGCAGAUCAUCUUCCCUCUACGAAGCAAACCUCAUCCGCUUGCGUCAGUCACACGAGCCCUCGACAGCAAACCAGCAAACAGGAUCAGAAAGACGAUGAGCUCUUCUCUCUCUGAGAGCCUCGAUUGACUCUGAAGAUUUUCUUCUGCGUUCAUGUUGAACACAACUACAGCUUUGUUACCUCGAAACUUCUAUAAAGAUUUGAUUUCAGCCUUUGGUGUGCGUGUGGCCGCUUAUGAAUUCAUAUCAGAUCCAGAUCUUGUGUAUUUUAUAGAAGUGUAUGUAUUCACUGAGUUAAUGUAAAAACAUUAAAUGAUGUUGUAAAUUAGCUAUAAGACGUGAAAUCUGUUGUCAUACUUUAACUGCUUUCACAUUUUUGUAUUGUGAUAAUAUGAUGUUUGGAAAAGGAAAGGAAAUGAUAAACGUAAAUUUAGUGAAAGGAUCAAUGAUAAACGUUCAUUGCUGCAGUGCCUUCUAUGAAGAUUUUGGAUGUCUUGUUUAUCUGCUUGUGAAUCUCUGUUUUUGUAGAAAUUUUUCUUGACAUGAUAUUUAGCAUUUCUUCUUUCAGGUUGGUAAAGGUGGACAGAAUGACUGGAGUUAGGUUUGUGUACUGGUCCAUAUUUCUCAACAUGAUCUGUGAACUUAAUAACCUUGAGCUGACAAACCACACGAAGAGAAACUGCUGAUAAUCAAACUGUUUUGGGCCUGAUGAGCGUCUGAUGGUGCUUUUCUUAACUCAAUGUCAGUCUCAGGAUAAAAUGACUCCAAAACAAAUGAAGCGACAGAGAGAGUCAGUCGAAGGUAUAAGGAUUCAGAAUAAAAAGCGCUUUGAGGAAUACACAUCUGCUUACUUUGAUACAGUAGUUGAGUUGGGUAACUAGCGGUGGUUUGCGGCGAGUAUCUUGGUUAUCAAGCAGGAGUUUGUGGCGGGUAUACUGGGUGACCGCUGCUAGUCCGCUACUAUACUGGGUGACCAGCAGGCGUUUUUCGGGCAAGUGUGAUCAGCAGUGGUUUGCGGCGAGUAUCUUGGGUGACCAGAAGGGGUUUGCAACGAGUAUCCUGGUUAUCAAGGGGUUUGUGGGGGGUAUACUGUGUAACCGCAGCUAGUCCGCUGCUAUACUAGGUGACUAGCAGUGGUUUGUGGCGAAUAUACUGGGUGACUAGUAGUGGUUUACGGCGAGUAUACUGGGUGAACAGCAGUGGUUUGGGGUGAGUAUACCGGGUGCCCAGCAACGGUUUGCGGUGAGUAUACUGGGUGACCAGCAGUGGUUACUGUCACGGUCUUGUCAGACAUCUGUGCUAGAUGUAGGUCUGAGUGCAUCUGACAGGACCGUGACAGUAUUAUGUUCUGUGUGGGGACAUGUGGAAUCACAUUGUGUGUGUGGCUUCCACAUGUUCCCAGUGUUGUGUGGCUGUCAUGGUCUUGCCUGACCUUGGUUAUGAUCCAGGUCGGAUGUUAGAGGGCAAGACCAGGGCAGCAUUGUGUUUAUGUGGGAACACGUGUGUUUCACAUUAUGUCUGUGUGACACGUGUUCCCAGUGUGGUGUGGCUGUCAUGGUCUUGCCUGACCUUGGUUAUGAUCCAGAGGGUAAGACCAGGGCAGCAUUGUGUUUAUGUGGGAACACGUGUGUUUUCACAUCAUGUAUGUGUGACACGUGUUCCCAGUGUCUUGUCACUUUUACCCUACUCCCUUAUGUACUCGUGUCUUAAGUGAUUAAUUAUGUUCACCUGUUCCCCAUUGAUGUGCUGUCUAUAUAAUGCCCUUGUGUUCUCUGUGUGGUGUGCGUGCGUUGUUGUAGUUUCAGAGUGUUCAUGUUUCCCGUGUUCUCUGUUACCAGUUCCUGUUUUUGUUCCCGUGUUUUGGUUUGUGUUUUACCACAGUGUUUUGGUUAUCUUCUGUUUUACCCCCUCGUGGGUUUUUAUGUUUUGUAUUUAAUAAAUUCAUUGUUAUUUUUGAUA